AUGGCGGAUCGCGGCAUGUCGCAGCGGACCGCCCAGUUCGAGCCGCGGGUCGAGAAGCAGGCCGAAGGUGGAGGUGGCGAUCGCAACUUGGGCGUUGACUUCUCGCGUGGCAGGCGAAUCGUGCGCAAGGUGCCCAAGGAGAAGCCGGCGCAGGGCGCUGUGCGCAAGGUCGCCAGGGCUGGCAUCGAGCCCAGCGUGACCUACGGCGUCACCGCCACUGGCUGCGCCACCAUGGAGCUGGACACGCUGCGGACGGAGUCGUUCAAGGCCCAGAGCUGGAGCCAGGUGCGCGGGCCCUUCACUGCGUCGCGGCUCACCCUCGAGCGGGUCGGUCGGCAGGUGGUCAACGCCACCACCUGGCGCACGCGCGAAGAUGUCGACAUCAAUGUCUUCGAGCUGGCCCCAUGGAUCGUCAGGCGUCUCCCGUUGCGUGCUGUGCAAGCAUGGCAGCGGCGUGAGGUCAGCGAGGGCACUGGGCUCGAGCACCUGGCCAACGGCGGCGUCUUCGAGCCCUUUAUUAAUAUGGCCGCCGCGGGCGCCGUCAGCCGCAACGGC